GAGGUUUUGCUUCGGCACCGACGACGCAUCGUCAUCGCACACGACGCGAGAAGACAGGGGAAGAAGAAAUGGCAUCUUUGUCCCGGACCGCCGCCGCCGUCGCCGUAGCCGUGAGGUCGGCGGCCCGCUCCGCACCCGUUACCGGCCGCGUCCUCGGCGCGCCACUGCCUCCCCUUGCCUCGCCUUCCGCUGCCCGGUCCGCCCGGAUCCUCCGCAGUUCGGCGGCCGCGUUGUCGGCGGGGCUGGAGACGCUCCUGCCGCUGCACAGCGCGGUGGCGGCCGCGCGGCUUAGGUCCUGCAUCGCCGUUGACUCCUCCUGCUGGUGUUCGCUCUCACAAGGAUAUGCUUUGCCUUUGUGACAGCGAGCUGCGCCUGAAGAAACCAAUGGACAUUAGGAAUUACAAACAAGGGCUGUAAUAAUGUGAUUCUUGUAAACUAAUUUUUCCUUUGAUGUUUAUUGAAUUUUGUGACCUGAAUCAUCCAAAGAUGUGCUACUAGCAUUCGUUGAUGUUUGAAUUUUAUUUAUGUGGAUCCACGACUUACCUGCA